GAAAACUAGACACGUUCUCUAAAUACAUCUCUGGCUCAUCGUCAACUCAAGAAGUAAAGCUAAGAGUCGUGGUUCUUCAUGCGAUCAGAGGAUGUAACAAGGUUGAUAUGAGACUACUCGCCAUUUGUGCUUUUUUUAUCCAGGUAAGUUCAAGAAUAAGAUGUUCGCUGAAAACUGGAGGACAUGAAAUUUGCGUUUAACCACUCUACAUACUGUUGUCAUGUCACGUUAGAGACGCAAAAGCGAGUUAUGUUUUGUAUUUGUAUCUAAUUUGAUCCGCUUUGUCAUUCCUUUUUGUUUUUAACAGUACGUGCAUUCGUCUACUGUUGUUGACUACUACGACAAAGGCAAGUAUACUCUCCACAAAGAUAUAGGACCUUUUCGUGUCAGCUUCAAUGCUUUUGUUCCAACUGCAGUUCCUCGGUAAUUCAUUUUUGCUACCAAAGCCAGAUUAAGUCACUGUUUAUUAAAGCAUUGCUGGCGAGGUAAGAGAGAAGUGAAGACAAAGAUCUGUAUUAAAAUUUAACCUCUCAAGACAUAAUUUCAAAGUUAAGCAUUUAAUUCACUGUACAUGCAUGUUUGACGUAAAUGCUGUCAGCUGAAAAUCAAACAAACCUAACCAAACUUAGAUGCAAGAGUAAUACUGGCAGCUAGCACGAGUCUAAUUAUCCGUUCCUUUUGUAGGAACGAAUAUAUUCAUUUCAGUCGGUCAUAACAAAACGAAAUUCUUCCUGUGCCGUGAUAUAUCGUGACAUACCAGAAAGUUACGUUACCCAGUCAAACGUGUAUCUUUAGUCUAUCUGAUCACACAAAGUGUAACGAUCUAUGAUAGCAUGUUUUCGCAGGCCAAAAAUGUAAAGCAUUGCACGAAUAUGAAAAGAGUCAUAGAUUAUGGCGCAUAGUAAGGUAUGUGUAGCAAAAUGGAUUUUCGAAGAAUAUAGGUAACAGAAAGAUAGCAGCCAAACAAAGGAUUCAAAAGGGGCGAAAUGGGUUGCGAAACAAAAUGAGAUUUUGGGUCAUGAAAUAAGAUCCUUUCAUACACUUAGGCGCUUUGAAAUUGAAGUAACAAUCAAACUCCUAUUUUGUCGUUUCAGCUUCAAAAGACAAUGUUAAUGGUUACAAAAAAUAAAUUUUUUGUUUCGUUUGUUUUCAAGCUUGUUCUCUUCCUGAAGGACAUUUACCCACUUGAAGGAGUGGUAACCUUGAGCUUUUCAAUUGCUCAUUGGAUUUCAAAAAUCUUGUCAGAUACAUACAGCUGCCCAUCUUUGUUCACUAAUUCAUAAAUUUGCGGCACUUUUUGCCUCCCCAAAUGAACGAUAAUUUUACCUAUUUAAUUGUUCCACAUGGACACUCAAAUUUUAGCCAUUCUAAGCUAUGCUUUUGGAGCUGAAAUACAUGUUGAGAAAAACGAGGGUUUAAACUGUAGUUUUGGCAAUGCCUUGUUUUGCAAUGCAAACUACGCAGUUGAUGUUUGCGCAAAUGCCUCUGAGAGUAAUUACAAAUGAGAAAGAAGAGAAUAUUCAGCUCAAAAAAGAAAUUGAUUGCAAGGUGCUAAAAGCAAAAAGGAGGUGAAAUCUGUUCAUUGUGAAGACGUUUUCUGCAGUCUUAGAAAGAAAGUUACAACUAAAUCGCUUUUUGCCUUUGCUAAAAGGCAAACGCGUUAAAGAGGAGAAACAAAAUCGUUCUAAUGAAAUAUUCCCUUUCUUGUUUGAACAAAGUUAGGAAUUAUGAAAAGCUGUUUGGUAAACAGUAAUCAUGUCGCAUACUCAAAUGACUAUUAAUCUGGCAGAACAGUGUAAUUUCACUUUUUCGAAGCUAUUUUACAUCAGUGCAGGCAAUAUUUUUUACGACUUUCCUGAGUUUCACGAGGGGAGUGAUUUCUAACUUAAAGCAUGGAACAGGCUAAGAAAUAACAAUAUAAUAAUGCAUCAGUAUGGUAAAAUAUUUUGCUUUGAUGAAUGUUAUGCGGUCCACACUUUUGUUCAGUCAUCAAAAGAUGCCUCUGAUUAUCAUGAAUAUUCACUUUUUUUUUUUACUUUCUUUUCUUUUUUGUCUCAAUUCGUUUAUACCGUUCGGUGAAAAUUGAGCUUGAAGUUCCCUUUAGUGACCCCUUCUCACGCUGGAAAGUUGAAUACAAAUACAUGGAUAAAUAGAAAAUAAUAAUAAAAAAACACCAAAAUCGGAAAUAUUUUAACAUAUGCUUAAUUUCAAGUAUUUGUGUAUGAUGGUUUUGGUAAAAAUAAAUAAAUAUUCAGCGUUACAAAAUCGCCGUCCAUUGGAGACAAAUUUUCUUUUCUCCAUCAGCUAUCUUUUUAGCCCGUUUCGCUGUUCUGAACUACACCAGAGUUUGAAUUAUUAUUUCGUAUUUCAUAGAUGGUGUUGGAAAUAAACUAUAUAUUUCUAUUCUUCCAGAUUUUUGUAUUGGUAAAUCAUCUGGUUUGCAUGCAGACCCCGAAGACUGCAGGGCUUAUUAUGACUGUUCCCACGGUAAAACACGACAUCGCACAGGGCUGUCCACCGGACUUAUGUUCGAUCCACAAAACAGGCAUUUUGUUCAUUCGUGGGAAAUGGAUUGUCCAGUCAAAAAAGGUAUUACGUUAACAGACAUUUAAUAAUAAUAAUAACCUUUAUUUAUUACCUUUGGCGAUAAGAAUUACGGUAAUAUUACAAUAAAAAUUCAAAACACUACAUAUUAUAUAUACAUAUCAAAUCAAGUUAAGUUUAGCACCUCUAGGAACAAAUGAGAACUAUGAGGACUUGAUCAAGAACACACUCUCUUGCUCGAUUGACUAAACAAUGAUCAUUAUUACAGGGUAUUGCAGUCCUCUAGGCGCCCACCAAGGAAGCGACCUUAAAAUAAGUUCAGAGUAUCCCCAGCUACCGAUUUUUCGCCAAUACCCAUCACCAUUUCCUAAAACCAAAAUGCAUUAACUCACACUGUAUCUUUUUCUCUUGAAGUUUAUCGCGAACUCUGGAGAAAUGUCCCAGGUUCAUCCGUGGCUGAUUUAAAAGGAAGCAAUUUCUACCCGUGUGCUGCUUCCAAGACAGAAUUCCUCGACACAUUCUGUCUUUACAAAUCUUACCAGGAUGAUAGUUACGGUCAGAGGUUGAGAUCUUUCUUCAGAGCCCCAGAGACAGGCCAUUUCACCUUUCAAACUUCAUGUGAUAAUUCCUGUCAACUGUGGAUGAGCAUCAAUGAAUUACCAGCUGGAAAGCGGCUUAUCAUUGAUCAGCGUGUGUCAAGCAAAGCAUAUAGCUGGGAUGGGUACGUAUAUGUUGUGCAAAAAUGACUGACUGAUCGUGAGUUACCUCAGUAUUUUAUUAACCGACCGCUGACAGUCAAACAGACCAACUUUUUCCGCAUCGACUGGAUAGAGUGCGAUCUCACAGUGGCCCAUUUACGCAAUCAUUUGCCAAUGCAUUACGAGUAGCUCCAAAAGCAUUGUGCCGUGUGAUGACUGUGCAGGGUCGGCAAAACAAUAAUUUAAACGUAGCGGGAAAGUGUCCAUUUCUGUCGGGGUGUUAAGGCGUGCUUUCCAAGGAACUUUAUCUACAGUCCUCGAGCUGUGCUGUCAUGACUCCUACAAAAUUUUCAUCUUUGAUAAUUAUGCACUUAGAUUAAUUCCUGUAGCUUUCUUGAUUUUUCCAUCUUAGAGUUAUGGUUUUCUUGUAGAUCCGUCAAUCAAUUAUCAGGAAAGAUACACCUUGAGAAAGGCAAGCUGUACUACAUGGAAGUACUCCACAAAGAAGAUAGAUUGGCUGAUUUCAUUUGCGUCGGGGCCAAAUUUCCGACUUUAAAGAAAGAACAGCCUAUCUCAUCAAGGCACCUUGUCAUGAAUAGAACAGGUAAGAAGAGAAAAUUCAUUGAGACGAGCUACCUUUGUACCAAACUGGAGCUUUAAAUUUGUAAUCAUGAAUGACUUGGAACUUAAACCCGAGGAAUACAAAUGGUAUGUAUUUUAUUAUUUAACAUUUCUAUUUGAUUGCAGAACUGCAGCUUAUCGGUUGCAAAGGGAACAUACAACAACAUAACGUUGAAUGUCAAGAGGACACUUCCUGUGAAAGCCCCCAUCAAAAGGUACUUAUGAUGCUUUGUGCUAAUUUCUUUUUUUGAAAAAGCAAAGCUAAAUUCAAUGUAAACGUACCAUCCAUCCACACUCAAAUCAGAAAUGAUUAUUUUAAUAAUUUCAGUUAGAAGGUCUGUAGGGUUCUGUUUCAUUGCUGACCCUGACUAUUUUUAAAUGCCCUCAUCUAUAAAAAAGAGUUUGAGAAUAUGUACAUAUUGUCCGAGUGUGAAUGCCGAACGGGAUAAUAUAUGGCUCGAGGUCAUGACGUACGAAACGCGUGCAGUGAGGUCCGUGUUUCAUGACCGAGAGCGAACAAGCUCUUAUUUAGGAUACUUUUAAUUUUCCAUAUGUGAAGAAAUGAAUUGAAUUUUAUUAUGAAUAACAUUCAAUGCAGUUCUAGUUGGUCGUUUACAUGUUCUAGUUAGUUGGUGGAAGCGAUUUCACUGAUGCGCCAGGAAUAUGUGCCGAUUUGUCACAUUAGAGCUUCCAUAAGUUAUUUCUUAAUCAACGUUCUUUCAAGCUUAACAAAUUCAAGCAAUCAAUGGAUUCGUCGAUGCGAAGCUUGAGAUCAAUAUCAGCAGACGGAUCACCUUCGUCGCUAAAACAAAUCAAACAAGUCACGAAGGUUGGUAGUUAUAACUUGUGAAUGUAUUAUGCAAAUGUUCGCGUAUAUCACAGAGGAAAGGGAUCGAAAUGGACUGAUUGCUUAGUAUACUACGAAGUGCAGACGUUCCGAGAGUUUCUUGAGACCCAACAACUCCUCAUUCGCCCCUAACAUUUCUAAUUCAAAGUCUUGGAAACAUCUCUUCUUCAGAAAAUGGGAAAAAACAAUACCAUCAAUUCUUCGCUUUGCUUUCGAUUUGACUGAUCGGCUCCAACAUAUAUUUUCAACUUCUCACGCUUUGUAACCAGCACAGCAUAUCAAACCAAAAAAUUGCAUUAGAUAUCAAAAGUUUGCAACAAAGAGAGUUAGAAAUGAUUUUACUUAGCGGGUGACCCAAGGGAUAAUUCAAGUUUUGAUGAUUCUUAGCCAAUUCGGUAGAUGUGCCUGAGCAGAAUUUCAUUUAUUCCCUUUUCUUGGAAUGCAGGAAAGCACUAAAAUUAUAAACAGAAUUCUAGAGGACUCAAAGAAAGAGGAAUGGCGUGUGUCUAACAUGACGUCAGCUAUGGAAAUUGCUGAAAUCACAGAAACAUUUGGCAAAGAACUGGCUCACAAAUGGUCAAACGAUACAUCUGGUAUGGUCUCAUUGGAUGCUAACAUUGGUGAGUGAAUUUAUCAUCUACAUGUCCCUUUUGUCCUUUGUCCUAUAUUUAUUUAUGACAUUGAGCCCUCAGUAUGCAGUGAGCUGCUGGGCAACGAGCAUUUCUUCAAUACCGGUGCUUGCAAGGUAGCACCAUAGCAAAGAAAAUUUGGUAAUCGCUUAUGGCCAGAAAAUUUCGUUACUACGAUACGUGAUUAAAUGACUAUUGUCUGCAUUAGCUCUCCAGGCAUCAGUGUUGCCGUCCAACAGCUACAAAUUCUCAGUGGCUGAGUUUGACGUCAACUGGAGAGGGAUCAAAGAUAUCUUGGCUUUAAAAAUAACAAGUAAGUUAAAUAAGUAAGAUCGCACUCCCGCUUAUUUCGUGAAUUUGGGCCAUGAGCAUACACGUCGUCUUUAUUUUUUCUUAUUUUUGCAGAAGGGAGACCAGACAACAAAACGAAAGUUUUUAGCGUCAUUUACAAGAAUUUGCAUGAGUUCUUGCCAUCAAAUCCCGAGAAAAUCAUAGAGUAAGUAAAAUAAGCGUUUAUCUCUCUUGCUUCGCUUCUUUGUUAUCGCUGAACCUUUUCCCUCAAUUGUUUUUCUCACUAUCAUUGGCUGAGAGACCUCUUUACUACUGAGAAACAAAUCAUGUGAGCAUAGUUACUGCACAAGCCUGUCAGAGAACUGGCGAAGAUACAAUUGUUUCUCAUAAUGAUUAAUACUUUCGGAAAGCUCUUUUGUUGUUGUUUUUUUCUCCUAACUUGUAGGAAGCAAGCCUUUGAAGAGAAGUAUCUUGAACUUAACAGCCGAAUAAUAAGUAGCCUUAUCUACCCGCCAGCUGAUAGUCAAACUUUAGAGGUUCGGGUCACUUUUCAACAUCUUAAGGUAAGAUUGUUGCUGUAUAGAGGACUAACACCUCGAUUUUUAGCGGCCGUUUUUGGGUCAGGCCUAUUGUUUUUUAUGCCUACUUCUUUUGUGGACCAUUACUCAAAAUGAAAUAAAGAUCUUGGAUUGAUUCAUUGACAGGUCCUUCAUUCUUUCCUUUUCUUUUUAAUGGAAAUUUUUUUUACAGCACAAAUCGAAUGCCUCUCUUACGCCAGUUUGUGUGUGGUGGGACUUCGCUGCUGCGUGAGUACCAAGUCAGAUUUAGGCUGUAGAGCAAAGAUGUUCUGAUGUUAACAAGGAAAUUGUUUCUGAGCUUAAUAUCCAAUCUGAAAAAGAAGAAUCCGCCAAAUAGAGUCGGACCUAAAUUAGCCAUGUUACAUAACACUUCCACAAUUUUUCCUUUGAUAUAGGCAUGUAUGGAAAGUGUUUCCAACAUACAAUUUAGAGCUGCCUAACCUUAUCUCUUUUAGUAUCAGUUCAAAAGGUAUCACCAUGUCUGUAUCAAAGGCGUCGUUCCAUUUAAAAUGUACCAAUGAUUUUUUCUAUUUAAUUAGUUCUUUAAAACCAAUCAGGAAUAACAUAUACCCCUUCCAAUUAAUCUCCUCGGUUAAAACGCUGAAAAAAAGAAAAAGAAAAACUACUGAUAAAGAGAGAGCUAAAAAAGCUCCAAAUGAAUGAAACAACUUCGACUUUAGUCUUAUUGCAUUGUUCUCACGAUACCUGUAGGGGUGUAAAUGGAAGUGGUUUCUGGUCGACUAAAGGAUGCCAAGUAGACGAAGCUACUUCGAAUGAGACUCACUCCACAUGCAAAUGUAAUCAUCUCACCAAUUUUGCAGUGUUGAUGCAGGUUCAGUCGGAUUCAGACUUAGAGGUAGUGAUGGCGAAGAAGUUAUUUUAUCUUCGAUAGCUUGUUAUCUCGAGGCGACGAUGUGGAUAAUCAAGACAGAAACAUUAAACACGAACACAUCUCAACUUUGAGACGCUUCCAUUUUAACUAUCCAUGAACGAAAACUUCUUUCUUGUUCGGUGUUGCGUUCACGUGACCCUUAUUUUAUGGGUCUACAGGAUAUUAUCCAUUUUGCCAUGAGAAAGGUGUUCCUGACGUGAUACAGUAGCCCAUAAUAGCAGGCUGAAACUAUGAGAGUUGCUCUUCAUUUACUGUUUUAUCUAACGCCCCUUCUAUCUCUGAUACAUAUUGAGGAACAUUCAUUCCUUUUCAGGUGGAUAAGUCCCAUAAAAUAGCAUUGCAGAUCAUCACUUACGUGGGCUGUGGACUUUCCCUGAUUGGCGUCACUCUCACGGUCUUCAUAAUCGCUGCUUUUUCGUACGUGCCGUUGUCUUUCUUUUUUCCGUUGGCCCGUGUCUGCUUUGAAAUCUGCUUCAUUCAAAAUAUUUCUUCAGUGUUAAUAAUGAAAGAAUUUUUUAAAGGAAAAAUCAGAUUAAGACAUGUGCUUUGAGUGUGAAAUAUGAAAGGAAGAAUCCAUCGCUGUUCUCAAUUUAUGAUCCUUCGUCGUCGUCGUCAGUCAUCGCCAUUGUUAUUGGUUGUCUGAACUCUCUCUUACUCCAUUCUUGUUGUCGAAUUUCAAUUUGCGGGCUCCUAUGUGAUCCUGUGCCAGAAGAUUGUCGUUCGCGUCUAAAGAUAUUUAGACCAUCCGAAAUAUGUAGUUUCUUCAUUUAUUUUUUUCUGUUCUUCUUUUGUCUCGUGAUAUUCAAACUAAAAAGCAAAAGGCGUGAGGGAACUUUGAUUAUUUUCAUUACCACAGGGGUCUGCGCUCUGAGAGAAACCUUAUUCAUUUAAACCUGUCUCUGUCUAUUGGUACAUUUCAAAUAAUUUUCCUGGCAGGAAUUGAAGCAACUAGCAACGAGGUGGGUUGAAUACUCGCAUAAAAAUACACAAUACUUAAUGGAGCUUAAAUUAAUACUUACAUAAAUGCAUCUGUUAUUUACAAUCGGCUUUUUUAUUACUCAAAGCUGACCCUAAAUAUAACCAUAAUCUUCUCGCUGAGAAAUGAAAUUGCCUAGACGUUUAUAUUUCUCUAUUUACAAAUUCAAUGAAUAUAAAUAUGAACUGAUUGAUGUAAUUCUGUUGCAGAUCGCCUGCACUGUGGUAGCUGUAUUACUUCACUAUUUCUUGUUGGUGUCAUUUUCGUGGAUGUUAGUGGAAGGCGUGUACCUUUACUUAAUGGUCAUAACUGUCUUUGAAAACAACAAAGAACAACUACGCAUUUUCGGAACAUGCUCAUAUGGUAGGUAAGCUCUAUAUUUAUGGCAUUCAGCUUCCCAUCAGUCAGACAUCAUUAAAUGUUAUCAGAAGAUCUGACGUUUUUAUUUUAUCUACUAGGUCUGCCAGGAAUAAUAGUUCUUAUUUCAGCAAUUGUGGCGCAUGAUGGUUACGGCACAGAUUUAAGGUAAUUUAUACGGUUCAUUACCUUUUUCUGCUCUCGUUAGAAAAUAAAUAUACGCAAUAAAAGAAUUGUCGGAUACUUUACUUGUGAAGAAUGAGUGGUACGGUAUGAUGCAGCGUUUUGUCUCGGCCAAUAGGUACAUUUGAAAGCUUGUCUAAUUCUAGUGUAAGUGACCCCGUUGAGCAUUGUUUUCAAAGCCUCGUCUACAGUUCAAACGUUAGUAGUGUGUCCUUUUAUCGCAAAAAUAUUACCAAAUGAAAAAAAGUGGUUGUCAAUACUUGAACAUGAUGUAAAAAGAUGGCAACGAAACAAUCUGGAUGCUUUGUCCCAUCAUUUUGUUAAAUGAUCAUAUAUUCUCAAUGUUCUUAGCUGUUGGCUGUCUACGGCGAAAGGCGUUAUAUACGCCUUUGUGGGACCAGCACUGGCAAUAAUCUUGGUGAGUAGGAUAGCUGAAUUAUUCCACUUAGAGAUGUGUGGUCACUUAGAAAGCUAAAGCUGCUUCCUUUCCGUCGUUUGCCUCUUAGUAUUUCUCUUCACAAGCUAGGCGUGAGGAACGACAGAAGAUUCGCCAUGUUGAGUUAUCUCAACUCUGUCGAACCAAAUUGUUAGCCAGCUACCUUUUUAAUUUCCACAGAGAAUUAUUUUCGUAAGACGAUAAACUAUAACAUUCCAUGGCCAUUUCGCUUUCAGGUGAACGCCGUAAUCCUUAUCAUGGUGAUAAGAGAGAUCAUCAAGGUACAAACAAAUGGAGUCUCUCACUCGACAAAAUUUGAUCUUAUCAAGUAAGCAACCUAAGUUUUUCACCAUCAUUCAUAAUUGAUGCCAUAGUGAAACGUCUUUUCUUACCCAGACAAUUCAUUGCCGCAAUGAUCGAUUAUUAUUAAUUAAUUCCUUCCAUAUUGACAUCAUCAGAUCUGGUUUCAAGUCAACGGUCGUUCUUUUUCCUUUACUGGGUGUAACCUGGUUGUUUGGUAUUUUGGCGUUGGACAGGAACACGAUAACGUUUCAGUACCUGUUUGCUCUUUGUAAUUCACUGCAAGGUUUCUUCAUUUUCGUGUUUCACUGUCUACUUAAUUCAGAGGUAAGAAAAUGCACUACAUAUCUUUUAUCAUUCACUCAUGGGGCCACUUACAAAAGAAAACAUACGACUAAAGCGGAUGGUGUCCAGUGAGAAGAAUGAAAAGCAGUUUGUUCAGAAAAAAAAUCCCAAAAAGGCUAGAUACACCGUUUUGACAUACUAUGCUUUCCGCUUAAGCGGUGGAGAUUUAAGUAGAGCGUUCAACUUUAGUUCAAAUAACGGUGAAAUGGACGCAUAUAAUUUCCUCUCCACAGAGGAUCAGAAUAGUUACUUCAAUCUAUAUACAUAUGCGUACUUAAACUCAUACCUGAGGCGUUAAAGAUCCCAUCACAGCUCAAAACUCAAUCGUUUCUGCUCUUUACCAUCCUUUUAUCCUUUAGGUUCGCAAGGUUAUACAACGGAAGAAAGAAAUAUGGUCUAGCCGUCGAACAACCCUCUUCUCGCCUUCAACGACCACACCCUCUUCUGCCGUUGCAGCUUCAACAUCUCACGGAACUACGCUAUCGGUAACUGUUCUUAUGAAAAUAUCAGUGAAAUCAGGGGUGUAGCUAUGUUUUUUUAAGGGGGUAGGACCAGUCAAGGCUUUAAAUUUCUGCGCACAGUUAAAAGGACCGGUUAGUGGAAUAUCUAGCAUUGGCAACAUUUUAUCUCAGGUAAAGUCUAAGGAUGCGCACGUUUUCUCAAACCUCAAUUUUAAGAUUUUUUCUAUGUCGUACAUCAAAGGGCAUCCUCAGCAUAAUUUAUCAUUACUUACUUAAUUUUCCUUGAUGUGUAUUUUAAAGGAUGUGAAUAUGAUGUCUGUUUCUGAUGAUGCCAGCAACAGGAAGCUCGCAACCGGCAGUGGUAAUUGCAAAUCUAAACUUCUACCUAAAGAAAACGGCAAUGAUGCUUCUCAAAACGCGAACGACCGAGUACCUGUUUCAACGGAUGACGCAAACAAGGGUCUUUCGAUGGAAAACUCAUCACCCGCUUGGCUUUCCAAGACUGAACACGAUCCAGGGCCUAAACGAAUAAAACUUCCUCCAGUCACGGUUCCAGAAAAUGCCAAACGAAAGCAGAAAAGAAUCACAAACAAAAACUUAAAACAGGGGAGCAAAGGAAAGCUUAACACAGCGAUCGAACCUCUACAAGAGGAGACUUGAAUAAGUUCAUUAAACUGUACUCUUACAGUGGUAAAAUAAUUAUCCAUAACCAGCUGUGGGGCAGAACCUACCCACGAAGGCAACUUUGGUCCGGGAACUGUGAAAAAACUGCCGUUGGACGCUAAGGCAGAACAGAUAGUCCUGAACCACGCACACAUUUUCUUUUUACAAUCAAGACCGCAGGAAUGACAUUAUCACUCAUGUAUAGUUUGAAUUUUUUCAUUUCUACCAAUGAUGAAAUUGUCUACAAAAAUACUUGAACUUCAUCAGCUGACUGUCUGGUUUAGUGCAAAAAAAUUGUAACAUUCUAAUAAACCGCUUCGUUC